AUGGAAGACAAAUCGAAAGUUGAUCAGUACUACACACCACCGCCUAAACUUGGUAAAUGGGAGGCAUUUAGUACCUUCCUGUGGAAUUCUGAAACAGGACAAUUUCUUGGACGAACAGGAUCAAGUUGGGCAAAGAUAUUGCUCUUUUAUGUAAUAUUCUAUGGAGUGCUGACUGGAUUCUUCGGAGCAAUGUUGGCAGUGUUUUAUCAAACUCUCGACCACAAAGCACCCAAAUGGCAGAUGGACAAAUCUUUGAUUGGUGACAAUCCUGGACUUGGUUUCCGACCGAUGCCCCCUAUCUUUGGAUGGCAACCACAGUUUUACAACGACACGGAAAACCUUCCAGCAAACAUGCCAAACGACCUGAAGGCCCGGAUCAAAGGAGCCAAGAUGCGAAACCCCGAGGAGUUGCAGACCAUCUGGGUGUCGUGCGAGGGCGAAAACCCUGCAGAUAUUGAAAACAUUGGACCUAUUCAAUACAAGCCGCGCUCUGGAUUCCCUGGAUUUUAUUUCCCGUACACAAAUUCACCGGGAUACCUCAGUCCACUUGUCGCAGUGUGGUUUGAAUCUCCCAAACGUAACGUACUUAUCAACAUUGAGUGCAAAGCAUGGGCUCGAAACAUUAUUCACGAUAGGGAUAAAAUGGUGGCUAAGGACAGUAAAAAAGAUCUAGGAGCCAAGGUGGAGUCGAUGAAUCCGUACGAAAAACCACCUGAAAUAUCAACAAGUCAGUCUGUUAAAAACUUUUUUUACAACAAAGAAACUGGAGCAGUUAUGGGAAGAACAGCCAGCAGUUGGGGAAAAGUUGGAAUAUUUUAUUUGAUAUUCUACGGAGUAUUGGCUGCAUUGGUUUCCAUUUGCUUUUGGUUCUUCUUCCAAACUCUUGAUGUCAGAAUACCAAAGUGGCAAUUGGAUCGAUCUAUCAUCGGAACAAAUCCAGGAUUAGGAUUCAGGCCAAUGCCACCGCCUUCAAAUGUUGAGAGUACUUUAAUUUGGUUUAAAGGAACUGAUCCUGAAAAUUACAAGCACUGGGUUAAUCAAUUGUCUGAUUUUCUUGAAGAUUACAAAAAGUUGGGAUCGACAGCAGGUCGAGGUGCUAGUAUCACAGAGUGUGAUUAUCACAAAUUCCCAAGUCCUGAUCAAGUGUGUGCUGUCAAUGUCCGACAAUGGGAGCCUUGCACCCAAGAAAAUUACUUUGGAUAUCACAAAUCUGGACCUUGUGUCUUCAUAAAGCUCAACAAGAUUUACGGAUGGAAACCAGAGUAUUAUACCGAUGUCCAAGAAUUACCGGAUAAAAUGCCCAGAGAUUUGAAAACUUUGAUCGGUAACUUGACUGCACGUCAAGCUAAACAAUUAAAUACCAUUUGGGUGUCUUGUGGUGGAGAAAAUCCAGCAGACGAAGAAAAUAUUGGACCAGUUAAAUACAUUCCUCAGCAAGGAUUUCCUGGAUAUUAUUAUCCUUAUGAAAAUACUGUGGGAUACCUCAGUCCAUUGGUUGCCGUUCAUUUUGAAAGGCCAAAGACUGGAAUUCUUAUAAAUGUCGAGUGCAGAGCUUGGGCAAAGAAUAUAAAACACAAUCGAAAUGAUAAAAUUGGAUCAGUUCACUUUGAACUUUUAAUUGAUUAA